UAAAUUUUAGUACAGUUUAACGGCGGAUUAUUCUGCUUAGUUUUGAUUUACAAUUUGAUGUCGAGUGUUUUAAUUUGGUAGGGUGUUUGAGGGGUGAUAUACAAUUUGCAAAUAAUAAAUACAAUAUUAAAAAAAAAUUCCUUAAAAUGGACUCAAAGUUACCGAAGCCUUCGGGAAUAAAACGUCCAACAACCGUUACGAGAAAUAUUUUGCCUAUGGAUCGAAUAAAAACAGCGUCACUUGGUUUUGGGACAAAAUCGGCUAAUUUGUCUGUUACUGCAUUGGAUAGUUUUCAGCCCCUGUCUCGUGAUCUUACUAAUUUACCAAAUGGCCUACAACGUAGAGAGCGUGCGGGAUCCCCAGAUAUAAACCGACCUAACACAAACAACGCUGGAAUAUCACGGUCAAAAUUACGACGAAGCCGAUCGGCUUGUGAUAUUCGAGAGAUGCGACCAAUGAAGCGUCCCGAAUUAACCCUUGCACCUAUUCCCGCCAAGACAACGCGCUUUGCCAGUACAGGCGUGACUAAUAAUUUGGCAGUAUCAACACAACCAUUUUCUUCAAGCAGUACAGUUUCCAAACCACUGCGAAUAGGACACGUAGCAGUUUCGACUACCGCAACUGCAAAAAAAAUGUGUCCAACCAGAUCUCAAACUGCAACAGGCGUAGGGAACAAUGGCCCUGGACGCACUGCCAGCACAAGUACAACAACAGCAACCAAGAAAGUAAUGGGGUCGAGCACCACUACAUCCGUCUCAACUACUGGAGGAGGAAAGCCUAUUAAUAAACGCAUACCACCAUAUGAUUUUAAAGCGCGGUAUAAUGAUUUGUUGGAGAAACACAAAGUACUAAAGGCAAAAUAUGAGGAAAAGUGUGAGCAAAUGGGUUCAAUGGAAGGUGUGCCCGAACAGCUAGAAGAAUCACAGGAUCAGUUAUUCAAAACAAAAGAGGAACUAAAAAAUAUUUAUACUGAGCGGGAUUGUUUAAGCCAACAAAUUAAGUCAUUGAAUUUGAAAAUAGAUUCCAUUUCGGGAUCGCUGGUGAAGACCAAAGAAGAAUUGGACUUUAUUACCACCGAACACACUAACUUGAAAGAAGCUCACGAGAUCCUUACAAAUGAAGUGCUAGAGUUACGAGAGCGAUCGACACGCUUAACAGAAAAAAAUAUCGUAUUACAAGAAGAUUUAACAGCUUGUAAGGAACAGUUGUUCCGUGCCAAUUUUGAACGAAAAGAAUUGCAUAACACUAUAAUGGAUUUGCGUGGAAAUAUAAGAGUUUUCUGUCGUGUUAGACCACCUUUGGACUUUGAACAAGAAAAACUUCUUUGUGGAUGGAAUUAUAUUGAUGAGUCCACCGUUGAAAUACAGAACUUGGAGAAUAAGAAUAAAAGUGUGGCCCAUACAUUUUCGUUCGAUCAUGUUUUUCAUCCUAACUCUAAACAAGAGGAUAUCUUUGAAAUGGUAUCACCAUUAAUACAGUCGGCACUAGAUGGCUACAAUAUCUGUAUAUUUGCCUACGGACAAACAGGCAGCGGGAAAACUUAUACAAUGGAUGGUGUACAAACUAAUGUUGGUGUUAUACCAAGAACAGUAGAUUUACUUUUCGACUCUAUUAAGAAUUAUAAACGCCUUGGCUGGGAAUAUGAAAUACGAGUUACAUUUCUUGAAAUCUACAAUGAGGUGCUUUACGAUCUAUUGAGCAAUGAACAAAAAGACAUGGAAAUACGCAUGGCAAAGCAUAAUAAAAACGACAUAUAUGUUUCUAACAUAACACAAGAGACUGUUACGUCCGCGUCACGUCUGCGGGAACUGAUGCAUAUGGCAAAAAUGAAUCGAGCUACGGCCUCAACUGCAGGGAAUGAGCGAUCAUCGAGAUCGCACGCAGUUACUAAAAUAGAACUUAUUGGUUAUCACUCUGAGAAAAAUGAAACAUCUGUUGGUACAAUCAAUCUCGUUGAUCUUGCCGGCUCUGAAUCGCCCAAAACAAGCACACGCAUGAACGAAACAAAAAAUAUAAAUCGAUCCCUUUCUGAGCUUACGAAUGUUAUACUAGCAUUAUUGCAGAAACAAGACCAUAUACCGUAUCGUAAUUCGAAGUUAACGCAUUUAUUAAUGCCAUCAUUGGGUGGAAAUUCAAAAACAUUAAUGUUUAUAAAUGUGGCACCCUUUCUAGACUGCUUUGUCGAGUCGGUUAAGUCUUUGCGUUUCGCAGCAUCUGUUAAUUCAUGUAAAAUGGCGAAAGCGAAACGGAACAGAUUUUUGAAUAUAUCUAGCAAUAAUUCACUUUAAAAUUAGUGCCAUCGUUAUAUUUAUUACACUUUUUUCUAUUUUUUGUAAAAAUGUUUCGUUGCCUGCUUGUAUUUUUUGUGCUUUUCUAAAAAUCAUUUUUGCUUUCUAUAAAAUUUUUAUUCUGUUAUUAUUUUUUUAAUAAACUAAAUGAGCCCCAUUUAAAUCGUAAAGAACUAAA